CUGACAACAAACAUCACAGUUUAAGUUGUUUGACAGGACUGUGUCAUUCAGUGUAUGUUUGUGAUUGUUAUGGAGGAGAGAAGGAGGAAUUACGAGGACUGUGCCAGAAGAAUUCAGGCAUAUUGGAGAUCUUUUAGGGACAGACGGCUCUUCAGACUCCUGAUGAACACUGUACGCUCAGCUGAACAGUGUUUGGCAUCAGCAGUUCUGCGUCAGCUCAGUCCCAGAGAAGCCGAAUUGCUGAAAGACCCCAGUUUGAAAUGCAAGAUCAGAUUCAGGUUUGCAGGUCCUCGGUUUCCACCUUCAGUUGUCUUCAAGAUUUUCCGCAUUGGAGGAGGAGGACAUUAUUUGUCUGGCAAAAAAGUCUUUUCUCCCUCCAAUCAGGCCACGGCAGACACCUGCAGAAUGAUGGGAAACAGAGCAUUUAUGGAUCUCAUUUCAAUGGAUGAGUUCCACAAAGCCGCCGUUGAACAACAAGAUGUGAUUUGCAUGAAAGACUAUAUGCAGUAUUCCAGCCACCUGGAUGAGCUUCCAGCAUAUGUAGGAGGAAGGGAAAAUGGAUGGAGGUUCCUGUCUCUAAAGGUGCUGUCCCGGGACGUCAUGCUCAGAGAAGGUGUAAAACCAGGAACAAGAGGUAGAUUGAAGAUGGUACUGCCGUUCAGACAUCUCGUCAACUCUCGUUUUGCUGGACGGCAGCCCUCACACAGAGGUUCUCAAGCCUCUUCAAGACGAUCCGCCCGUGCUCAAAACAAUGUGGCUCGCAAGAGACGCCUCUACGGCCUAAGUGAGGCUGAAAGAAUAUUAGAUGAACAGAAGCAUAUGGACGGCAUUAACAGCCAUGACAUGAAGAAACAGAACGGUACGACUGAGAAACGGGACAUCAAGAUAGUUCUGCCAUCAGUUGAGACUGAAGACUAUGAUGACAGCUCAUCCCAGUCUGAAUGGGAGGAAGAGGCUGAGAAACUGUGCAACUGGUCAGAACAACUGAAUAUAGAUGCUGUUGAAACACCUGCAUUAUUCUAAGGGAUUUUAAUUGAACCUGUGCCACUGGUCAAAACAACUGGAUAUAGAUGCUGUUUAAACAGCUGAGUUCAGUGUUUUACACUAGUUGAGGCCUAGUAGACUAGUAGUGCAUUAUUCUGAGAAUUUUAGUUGUGAAUUGAACGGUGAAUUUCUAGUAGUCUUUGCAGAAUAUAACUACAGAUUAAAUUUACUUUUGCUCUGUGUUAGAGUUCUGGAUUAAUGGCUUCAUGUGACUAUUAUAACAAAUGGUGACAGUUUAAAGUGACAAUUUAAACACUUGGGCUCUUUUGCUUGAUUUCACCUUGCAUACUUCAUGCAUGCACCCAGCUAACAAAAACUGUUUCAAAAACAUUUUGUUAAGUUAUAAAAAUGUUAUUUCUAAAUGUUCUCUAAACACUCUUUCUUGGUCAUAUGAGCAUUACAGACAUUAUCGUAAUGGUCUGAACAUUCUGAAACAAGUAACAUUUAGAAAAUGACUUACUAACAUUUCAGAAAAAAAAAAAACAUUCCAUGAAUUAUGUGUAAAUAAUGUUUUGUGCUGGCAUUUUGA